AUGCGCUUCACCACCGCCGCCACCGCCUUCGCUCUCGUCGGUCUCUCCGCCGCCGCCGCCGAUCCCACCGUCGUCGUCGUCCCGCGCGCCACCAUCAGGCCGGCCCCCGACAUUGUCGAGCGCGCCACCGAGCACAAGAUCUAUGUCGACACCUCCUCCUGUGCCGACAAUGGCCGGACCCUGCCUCAAAUCUACGGCAUCUCAAACUCAACUUCUCAGGACUUCACCGAGCCGGAGCGCUUCGACGGGCCCACCUUCACCUUCACCGUGCCGGCCUACUACCAGGGGCACGUGUGGCUGUACAACAGCGACGACCAGGGUGCGUCUUCCGGCGAAAACACGCCGCUCAACGUGCAGGGCGUCGACGUCUUCUUCUACGACCAGCCGACCGAGACGGAGCACAACACGGCGACCCUGCCCGCCGAGGGCGCGACCAAUGAGAAUGGUCAGGGGUACAGCGUCCCGGAUCCCAUUGGUGCCGUGCGCUUCGCGAGCACCUCGCCCAGCAGCAAGUUCAUCGAUGGCAAGACUGGCGGUUCGCUGGAGAGCACCCAGGAGGGCGAUGCGCUGUAUGUGUACUACUGCCAGGAGUGGCCGGUGCAGAACUAA